AAGAGAUUCAAGCAGAUCGGGGCUAGAUGUUAGAGGGAAUGAGGUUGAAGGGAUGGGCGCUGUCCGCGAAAGCUCUGGCGGGGAGCAGACUCCUUCGAAGAAGAAGAGCGAGCGACAGAGGAUGGUGCGAGAGGAGGUGGCGGAAGGAACCCUCCGCAUGAAGAGGAUGAGAGGAAAACCGGAGGCGUUGAUGGGCGGGGAUGGAGGUGGCGACGGAGAACGUGCCUCGGGAAAGAAGCCAGCGAACGAAGAGGGUGGGACGGCAAGUAAGAAAGCGAGGAGGCCAGGCGGUUUGACCAUCCGCGAAGGACAAGCCGCGGGUGGAGGAGAUUCGGCUGAUCCAGGCGCUGCGGCCGCGAGAGAACCUUCGGGGAAAUCGAAACGGAAAGUGGCAGCUGAAGAAGGCGAUGGCCAGAAGAAACCUCGAAGGCGGAAGACUGCUGAGGCGGCGAGCGGUGGCGAAGGGCCUGUCGGUCAGGAGUGCGACGAAGCGGCAGCGUUCAGGCUCGAAUACGAGCGGAACGAUGUUGGUGAAAUCGUGGAGAAGGAGCUCCCCGUCCAACUGCUCAUCGACCCCAGGAAGGUCUGCGACAUCCCGCCUUGGGAAAGAUAUUAUAACCACCACAGUCUAAGCCGCGAAACUGUGGACGACAUCAAGGAUGCGAUGCUGAGUCACUUCCGCGAGAAGAAGAUCUGGACGAAAAACCCUCUCGUUUUGGCACCCAUCUACAAGCCGGUGUCGCGUAGGCUGGAGCAAGCAGACAGGGUUCACAAAGAUGUCUUCAAGCCAGAGGACAAGGACAAGUACUACUAUUACCCUGUUAACGGACAACACACAGUGGCUGCUGUGAAGGAGUUGGAGGGUGAGCAAAUAUUCGAUUUGUGGAAGAUGCACUCGUGGCCAGCGAGAGUUGUGUGGUUCUCCGACCGAGAUUUCGCGGGGUAUAGGCAGUGGAUGCCGCUCGUGACGGCCAGUGACGACGUUUUCCGCAAAGCCAUGAAAUUCUACGCGAAAUGGGCGGAGGGGAAGUUGUUGGGCGGCGACGGCAAGACGCCAUUGUCGAGGCCGGGCAAAUACAUGCCAGACAAAUCCCUGGGUCUGCAAGCAAUUCCGGAAAUGGGCUCGAAAGGGGUGGCUGGUGAAACGAAGAUGGGGUGGCUGGUCCGGGUCCCACCGCCUCCGACCAAAAAGAAAACGCAAGCGGACGACAAAUUUUUCGUGGUCGUGAAGGAGCCAGACAUGUUCUGUGGGCAGUGUCUCGCAGAUAUGACCGAUGUCGAGAAACUGUCGACCCUUGACGACAUUCUCGCGCUAAGGGGAGUGUUCGUGCAAUCCGCGGGCGGCCAUCUGAAGCGUCAGCAUAAACCAGGAAUUAAAGACAUGGUCGCGGCGACGAAAGUGGACCGUAUGAUGCUCCGUAUGUUCCACUACAUCUUGUUCCUUGAAAUGGAGGCGGAUGAACGUGUUUGGCGCUACGAGAGCUUUUUUUUCCGCACCGAGGGGCGGCUUCUGGAGGAGUUCGGGCCGCAGGGCCUCACGAAACAGUGCGUGAACACUUGCAAACGUACUCUUCCGCACGAGAAGGAGUCCCUCGACGACGCGAAGAAAUUGUACGAGGACGACAGGUUCCCUAAAUCUUUCGAAAAGUCUGUCCGUUCCAUCUUGCGACGGACGGAAGAAGAAGUUCGAGACACUGCGAUCCGUGAGGUUGUGCGACAUUACGUGUGGAACCUGUACGUCCUCGAUUUGUGUGAUCCCACACUCCUCACAGACUGGCGAGAAGACGAUUUUGCCAACUUGCAAGGCCUUCUACAAACACUUUCGCCAACGCACUGGACACUUGUGAUCUUUUUUCCCUCUCGUUGGGAGCUCAGUUUUUUGAAAGGCAUGACCAGGCUUAGCGUCCAUCACGUCAGGACAGGGAAGUGGGUAUGUAAUGCACAAAAGCAGGCCACUGUCCGGGAAGGCAAUAUGCUGGUUGAGGAGUGUGACCGCCUGUACGUGAUUUUUAAUGGCGAGAAGCUGGAAGACAACACAUUCGCAGUCUACCCGGCCAGUAGCCCGACAAAGGCUUCCCGUGCUCAUGGUCCAAGUCCGGCUAAACACACGGUGGCCGACCGCUCGAAAGCUGUCUGUUCGUCGGACCCAUCAGGACAGGCUGUGGCGUGUUUCGACGUGGCGGAAGAGGAAAGGUUCAUUCGUAGCAUGUGGGAGGACGGCGACGUGACAAGUUCUCAAGGACCUGCUUACAGGGAGAUGGAGCGGAACCCGUCCCGUCUAGUUGGUCUACUCGAAAACUUUUGCAAAGCUGGUCAAACUGUUUUUUUCUUUGGGAAGGCGCAUGCGUCUGUCGUGUGGGAACUCCUGCGCACCGGUCGGAAUGUCGUCGUGUUGGAGAAGGAGGCGAAGAUGAUCGAUUACCUUCACGACCUUCACGAGUUCGUGAAGGCACGCGUUGCAGACACUCGCAAUGCUUGCGAGUUUAGAAACCUGGUGUUCGCUGUGCUCAAUGGGUACCACGGUGCACCCAGGGAUUUUGUCUCGCACUUCCUGAGAAGGUUGGAGCACGUUUACUUCACGCUGGCCGAACCGCUCACUCUCGAAAACUACAAGUCACAGUUUGACGAGGACGACCCUUUCGACGCCGAAGACAUGGAGAAGCUGAGCGACUCCGAAACCUUCGAUUUCGAGUCCAUGCCACUUCCUCGGGUGGUUGGACAGCAUCCGGGAGGGGGUGGUGGAGGAGACGAAGGAGACGGAGGAGGUGGCGUAGAAGACGGCUCACAGUUUGCCGGAAAGGGGACGGGCGAGACAUCGUCGGUUGAGAAGGCGUCGGGCGGAAAGGGGUCGGGCGGGAAGGGGUCGGGCGGAAAGGGGUCGGGCGGAAAGGGGUCGGGCGGAAAGGGGUCGGGCGGAAAGGGGUGGGACGGAAAGGGGUCGGGCGGAAAGGGGUCGGGCGGAAAGCGUAGAACGUCCGGGAAUCCCGAGUAUAUGAAAACUGACCCCCACUGCGUAGGGAGUCGAGAUUCCGACAUGCGAGACGAGGACACCCUGACGUCUGAUCAAGUGCGAGUAGAUUCGCACUUGUCUGCGAGGAGUUUGUUUCCCGUUGCCCAGGAGAGUCCAUCCCGCCGUGCGCAGCAGAGAUCUCCUGUGCUCAACACCUUGCUCCUGAAAGAGGGCGCGUCUUCGUUUUCCCUGGAGGGCGGGAUGCCUUCAUUGCGAAGGAGCGAAGGUGCGACCUCCGGUUCCCUCGGCUCGGGCGACCGCCACAAACUCCGAAUACAUUCGGAUUUGCUGCCGUCGCCCUACGCCAUAAGUGCUCCUCACGCAACAGUUUCGCGGGGCCAAGAAAAUGUGACGUCCUGGCCCCCGCAUCUUCAGUUGGACACAGGGUUACCCUACUCACCUCCUUUCUCAUGUGUUGAGACUCGAGACUGGCGCUUUCGCGACGUGCUGGAGGGGCCCGCUCCAGGAGUGUUGGAGACCGGGGGUAGCGAGAACGAACGUCACACUCCUGGGGAAGACGAGUGCUCUCCGGGAACGCGUGCUGUACAUCGGGAAGAGGAGACCCAACGCUGGCAGUCUCGCAAAGUGUUGGAGACCGGGGGUAGCGAGUGUGAACGUCAUGCUUCGGAGGCGUUGGUGAUCGGGACGUCCGAAGAGGUUCUGCACAGUCGCUCGGCUGUGGCCACGACGCGAGAGGGUGUCGUUAAGGGAGGUAAGUGGACGUCCGUUCAAGCUCCCGUUCUUGGCGACGAAGAAUCCGCGGUGGAAGCUCGGGUUCAUAGCGAUGAGAAAGGCGGUGAGGUGACUGUCGACAUCCGGACGGAUCCACAGCGGAAAGAUGGUGAUUCUUCGCCCACCCGUUGCGGUGAAGAACAGGGUGGUCGAGCGUCUGUCCUCAACACCGCUCGGGGAAUGGUGCUUCAUGAAGCCAUAGAGUUGGGUAACGACUCGGCAGCCACCGAGCUGGCUAGUGACUCAGGCGUGGCCGAGAUGCAGAACAUCGAAUCCUCCGUGGAAGGCGGUGAGGUGGCCGUCAGCAUCAACAUGGAUCCAGAGCGGAAAGAUCAUGAUUCUCCGUCCACCCGUUGCGGUGCCGAACAGGGUGAUCGAGCAUCUGUCCUCAGUACUGGUCGGGAAAUGGUGCUUCAUGAACCCAUCGACUUGCCAAGCGACUCAGUUGCCACCGAGUUGGUUAGCGACACAGCCGUGGCCGAGGUCCAGAAACUCGAAUCGUUCGUGGACGUUGGCGCAGUGGCGCGACAGGAGGGCGAGUUCCCUCAAAGGGCUCCCGAGCACGGUAAUAUUUGUGAAUAGGACCACUCGCAUAUCUGUCACUGGCCAGCUCUAUGUUCGUCCGAAUUGGUGUCAUGGGCUAAUGUACCUGUU